AUGGACUCAGUGGGGAAACGUAUCAUGACUGCUGUGUUUGGUUUCCCAACCUCGAAAGCAUCCAUGCAGAGAUACGACCAAGCCCUAGUAGGAUUGAACACAUGCUACAAGCAUUUGCUCUCAGAUUCAUCUCUGAAAGAAAUGAUCCAGAACACGAUCGAUGUGACAAAACGGAACAUUGCCAACCUCGUCACCUUCUCUGAGAGCAGAGUUGAUCAGUUGGGGUGGGAGCGAACAAGUAAUGCCGAAACAAUUACUAAACCCAACGGAGAACAAGUUGUCGAGGCUAGCAUGAUGCACUUGAUCCGCGAUUUCAUUGCUGCCACUGCCAACCCAUCUCUCAUUGGCACUGAUUUUGUAGACAAUAACCCCGAUUUCUUCCUGGAUCUCUGGGACGUGGACAGUGGGUUCAAAUGGUUGGCAACUGGACUCCCCGCCUGGCUUCCCAUUCCUCAGAUCUGGAAAGCAAGAAUCGCUCGCAGUCGUUGUUUCAAUGCCGUUCUUGCAUUCGAAGAAGCGAUGGAAAAGGCAGCAAACGGAGAGGAUCCAGGCCAAGAAUGGCAGUGUCUUGAAAAUGUUGGGCCUGUCAUCACUGAUAGGUUGAAGCUAUACCGCCAGCUCAACUUUACGAUGGACGAACGAGUAGCCUUGGAGCUUGCUUUGCUAUGGGCGAUGAAUGCAAAUGCAAACAUGCUAGUAUUCUGGAUGCUCAACCACAUUUAUGCCGACAAGAAAAUUCUGGCCUUACUGCGCGAAGAGAUUGCACCUUUUGUGCAUGCCGUCCAGCCGAAACAACUAUUCAACGUGCCGGAACCGCCACGAAUUGAAACUUUCGAUCACGAAGCCCUAGCAAGCAAAUGUCCGUUGCUCAAAAGCUGUUACGUCGAAUCCAUGCGCUUAGAUACGGCCACUUGGAGUUUUAGAGUCAUGCAAGAAGAUUUUGUCCUCCCAACUUCUAGGGACAAGGAUGCUGAGAAGUUCUUGUUGAAAAAGGGAACUUAUGCCCAUAUCGCUCAUUCGAUCCACCACACAGAUCCAGCCUAUUUUGAUGACCCACACGCGUGGAGAGCAGAUAGGCAUAUCAAACGUGAGCAANNGGGAAGUGAGGAGACAUCUGUGAAUUUAGGGACCAUAAGACCAUAUGGUGCGUUGAAAAACAUCCAUCCUUUUCGAAACAUCACUGACAGCAAUAACACAGGUGGUGGACACUCAAUGUGCAAAGGCCGAGCAUUCGCCCAGAAGGAGGCAUUGGUGUUCACCGCGGCAUUCAUUAGUAUGUGGAACAUGGAGCCUGUCGGAGGCGGCGCUUGGAAAAUGCCAAUUUACAAACCUGCCACUGGAGUGUAUAGCACGAAUGAUGAGGCCCGAGUGUGGAUCUCGCGUCGUGAGGACUUGCCUCAGGUCUGA